AUGGCUGAAUCAAGAUCCAGCCCAGAAAAAGAUGUGAAAGCGCCAAGUGUAUUUGAUAGGGCUAAGGAAGAGAUUGUGGCGGUAUUUCACCAUGAGAAGAUCCCGAAUCAUCGUCACAAGGAAACUCAUGGACUGCGUAGUGACCUCAAUGAGGACACAUCUAUGAGUGAUGUCAAGGCUCCAAAUGCAUUUGAAAGAGCAAAGGAGGAAAUUGAGGCCAUUGUGGAGGCAAUUCAUCCAAAGAAGGAAUCGAAAAGUUACUGUUCAUCUUCACAUGGUGAAAAGAGAAAUUCUGGCUCAGUUGAUCAUUUGGAGUCAAAGAAACCAGAACUUCCUUCAGAGAAGGAUGUCAAUGGACCCAAUCUUUUUGAACGGGCGAAAGAAGAGAUUGAGUCGCUCAUGUACAAAGGGGAGUCACCACACCAUCAUCAUAAGGAAACUCAUGGAAGAAGUGAUGAUAUUGACGAGAGUACCCCAAUCAGUGCAGUUAAAGGCCCAAAUGUGUUUGAACGAGCAAAGGAAGAAAUUGAGGCUCUUAUUGAGACAAUUCAUCCGAAGAAGGAUUCUGGUACUGCUGUUUCCUCACCAAAGUAG